AAUAAGAUUGGGGUUACACCCAUUAACCAAUCAGCUUCCAUAAUUCAUUAAGUUGAGGGUCCCAAGAUGCUACAAAUCAAUGUACUUCAACCUCAUAUCAUAAAUCAAUAAACCUUAGCACAUAACUAUUUCUUCUUGUGUUGCAUCACUUCACUAACCAUAGUUCACUUCUUACCCUACUCUCGUACAAAUCAUCUAACCAUGAUUACUCAAAAAACAGCAAAUUCUGUUGGAGGAAAAACAGCACGGCCAUGCGAAAGCUGCCUGAAAAAGCGAGCCAGUUGGUUCUGUCCGGCAGAUAAUGCCUUCCUUUGUAACGCCUGUGACUCUUUGGUCCAUUCGGCCAACGAGCUCGCUGGUCGGCAUAAAAGGGUUAGGCUUGAGACUGCUUCGUCUAAGCCUAACCCUAAUACGGCGGUGCCAUCUUGGCACCAAGGGUUUAGCAAAAAAGCUAGAACUCCACGUAAUAAUAAGGCAAAAUCAUCAUAUGUUAGUCAAAUAAUGCCUGUUGUUCCUGAAAUUAAUAAUAAUGAUGAUGAUAAUGAAGGGUUUGUUGAAGAAGAAGAGAAUGAAGAAAGUGAUGUUUUUUUUAAUGUUCCAAAUUUCGAUCAUGAUGAUCAUAAUCAUGAUGAUGGGUUUAAUGAUGUUUCGUUGAUUGGGUUUGAUGGGGAUGAGUGGAAUAAUAUGCAUGGAUUUAUUCCAUUGGGAAAUGAGUUCGAGGGUUUACUCGAAUUUAAACCUGAACCUGAACUUGAACCUGAAAUUGAAGUAGUUAAAACAGAGGAAGAGGAUGAUGUUGGUACAAGUGAUCAUUGUAUAUUUGAUUGGUCAAUUGAUAUGGAAAGUGAGAUGUUAAAUUUUGAUUUGAAUUAUGGGUGUAGUAAUGGAGAAGAAGAGGAAGAAUAUAAGGUAGUGGUGGGACCAAAAGAAGAGGAAAAUUAUGAAAUGAACAUAAAUAUGAAUAUGAAUAAAAGGAGGAAAAUAUUACUAAGAUUAAAUUAUGAGGAGGUUAUCAAUGCAUGGGCUAACAUGGGUUGUUCUUCUCCAUGGAUAAACGGGCAGCGGCCCGACUUUGAUCUUGACAGUGGUGCUUGGCCCGGCCCCAAUUGCAUGAGAGCUGCUAGUCCAAUAGGAUUUUAUCAAGAAGGAAAAGAAUGGAUAGGAUUCAGGGGGGACGUGAAAGGUGGGAAUGAAGAAAGAGAAGCAAGAGUUUCAAGAUAUAGAGAAAAGAGAAGGACAAGAUUGUUUUCAAAGAAAAUAAGGUAUCAAGUUAGAAAAUUAAACGCAGAAAAAAGGCCAAGACUGAAAGGUCGUUUUGUCAAACGAACAAUUUAAAGUCUCACAUAAGAAUUGCUUAUUGAAGGUAUCGAAUUUUGUCUCAAUUGAAGCAACUACUACUAUUCUUGAAUAUAAUUUCGAAUUUGAUUCUUAUCCAGUCCUUUCCUUCUCUCAACCUAUGUUACGUAAUUAAAAAUAAAGAGUUGUUGCCUUGCUGGUAAUAGUUAGCCGCUUGCUAGCUAAGUAAGAUUAUCAAAUAUCCUCUCAAUCGAUCUUGUGAUCGCACAUGUCCCGUACAAUUCUAAAUAUUCUCGUUUUUGUUAUAUAUAUGACGCAAAUUCUAAGAGAUUGAGAAGUUAAUAGUUUAA